AUGUCGCUGGUAGACAGCGGUGCAGUCUUUGAAACAAGGGCAAAGGCCAUAGCCAUUUCAGAUGGAGUUCUGAAUGCGAUGGCAUUGAGGGGAUGGACAACUCAUGCCACGUUUGCCUUUGCAGUGGCUUGUCAGCCGGGAGCAGACGAGCAAGCGUUCCUUGACGGAGUGGUCAUUCCGAUUUUGGGGGCGGCUGAACAUGCCGAAGCUCCAAGAGUGAGACGAUUAUUUUUUGAGUCUCAUACACUUACGUCGGCCGACUUGAGACGUAAGGUUGACUCAAAUGAGAUGGAAGCACCCCGGAAGUUGCCACCGCCAGAGAUAGCGCAACGCUUGGACCUCUUACAAGCCAGAAUACAACCACUGAAGAUUGCAAACGUUUUGGAACCUUCACACCAGUUAAUCAACGCCAUCGUCCAGUGCGUUGAAGAUGGAAGGGUCCGCUACAUUGAGUGGUCGAAAUGCACUUCAAGGACCCAGGAAGUCAACAAUGUGAAGGAAGACAAUGACAUGCGCAUAUGGAAGGCUGACUCUGCAAGUUCUAUCAAGGCGGCAUACAAAGAGCCAUCCAUAGUGGCCAACCUCUCAACUGAACUUGAUGUGCAUAACGCCUUGCGAAGGAGGGGCAUCGCAUAUGAGGUGGCCCAAGCCAUGUCAUUCGAGACCCACGAGAAGAUUAUCAAUUUCUUCUUUUAUGAAUUGAAGAAAGAGCCGAUGGAAGGGUUUGCACCGGUAUCGUUACAGCAACUAGCAGCUGCUGACCGCGAGCUUCACAUCAGGCUUGCUGAAAUGACUAGGGCCGGGUUCAAGCCGGGCCCUGCAGGUGAACUGCCAUUGGAUCUUCCGACAGAUCAAGUGUUGGAAGGGCCAGAACUCAGGUGGAUGCUGAUGCCGGUCCCAAAACGGAAUGUUGCCAAGGCGCCAAUGGAGACGCCAAAGUUGACGAAGCCUACACCAGAGGUGGAUUCAAAGCGGAACAGGAAUGAGCAGCCAAAGAAGAACAAGCAGGAAGCACUGAGGUUGAAGCGUCUCAAGAGGACCCCUAUGCCGAAACAACUCACAGGUUGCACACCCUGUGACGAUGAAGGAAAUCCUUAUUGCUUUGCAUUCAACCUUGGAACUUGUUCAAGUGCGACAGACUGCGCGAAAGGCCCUGGUCAUCAGCAGCAGUGCCAUGACAAGCAAGAGGGCGAAGGCCCUAUGGUGGAUCUAUUGCGAAAGCGCAGCAGCUCCGCCACUUCAGGCGAAAAGCGCCAAGACUUUGGAUCGCAGCCGAAGCGAAUGCGCUCGGAAGUGGUUCAGCCUGCAGCCGAAGGGUUUCAGGACAAAGCGGAGUUGUCCGCUAUUGGUGGUGAUGCGUUGGGCAUUGAUCACAUGGUAGACAAAAGGAGAGUGAAAGGACCAGUGGCAAAGGUGGACCUUGCGCACCAUGAUGGACAAAGCACCGUGCUAUCUUGGAUACAGGAUGGGAAAGUAGAUGCGGUGAUGUUAGCACCGCCCUGCGGCACUUCAAGCAGGGCAAGGGAAAUCCCUCUGCCGAGAAAGGGCAUGCAACCAGUGCCCCUCAGGUCAGACCGUUGGCCAAACGGCCUGCCCCACCUGCAAGGUGUGGCGAAACUCAAAGUUAUCACUGCAAACAAGUUGUACAAGUUUUCCAUGAAGGUCAUCAAGCUUUGCGUCCAAAGGGGCAUCCCAGUGAUAUGUGAGAACCCGAAAAGGUCCUUGAUGUGGCUUACCGAGCCCUUUUCAGAGCGGCCUGAGCAGAAAGAGCACAGCUUUUCUCAUGAAUGUUGCAGCUGA